AUGGAAUCGGAGUUCAAGGAGCCCACGCUUGAGAUCUUGGCGAAAAUAAAGAAGUCGAAAGAGGGUGAUCAUACAGAACUGAAAAACUAUUUAAUAGAAAAUGAAAUGGGGCACAUGUACCAUGCUCUCUGCAACAAGCACAUACUGCCGGAUGAACCAGAGGUGUAUCAUCCAAUCCUUAAAAAAAACGAGGAGGUUCUGCGGAGGAUAUCUGAGCAGCAGACUGAAGAUGAUGGCAAGAAUAUUAAAAAGGAACGAUUGGAGUACCUGGCGAAGAUUGGAGAUCUUUCCUCUUUUUUAGAGGAAAGCAGUGAUGUAGGGUUGACCACAUCCACAAAAAUGGACAUUGUUCUUUGUCAAAUUAGGCUUGGAAUGAUAUUUAAGGACUACUCCCUGAUACAUGACAAAAUAAAUGUAGGGUUGAAACUGAGUGAGAAAGACUGUGAUUGGGACCGAAAAAACAAGUUUAAGGUGUAUUACGCCUUUUAUAACCUGUUGAAAAGUAAUUAUGAACAGGCAGCUGAUCUUUUUGCCUCAUCACUGGCCACAUUUCAGUGCAGCGAACUGUAUAGCUACGAAACCGCGGUCAACUAUACAAUUUUCUGUGGUCUUCUUUCUUUCAGUCGAGUGCAGCUCCACGAGAGGGUUCUCAAAAGCACGGAUGUGCUUGAAGUGAAGCACCAUGUAAACUUGGCUUAUGAUUUGGCGCAGUCCAUCUACAACUGUUAUUAUGACAAGAUAUUUCCCUGUUUAAUUGCCUUUUCGUCACAUUUUCUAGAUGAUAUUUUCAUUGGCGACAAGAUACAUUUUUUCAUAAACGAGAUUAAGAUACGCUCGUACAACCAAUUGCUCGAGAGUUACUCUUCAAUAGGGUUGGAGUCCAUGGCGCUGACAUUUGGUGUGUCGGAAGAGUACUUAGAGGCUGAUCUCGGUAAAUUUCUGGUGAAUGAACGGAUGAAAUGCGUAAUUGACAAGGUGGACAAAAUGGUUCUCGUUAGAGAGGUUGAUGAGACCUUGUACGACAGGAUAGGUGAUAAAUGCGAAAAAAUUGUUAAUUAUAUCGAAAGAGAGAUCAAUAAAUAAGAAUAUGACUCGGU